GGAAGUAAUAUCUGCAGUCCAUGGCGUGCGAUGGGAGUCUGAUAUUAUCCAGAUAAUGUUGAAUUGUGUUAGUCCGGGUCUAGUCCUGUUGUGUAAUUGUAUUUAUGACGCAAUUUUACUACAAGUGUUAACGGGACCCUGAGGUUGUGGAGACAUGGUGGGGUAUGACCCCGGGGCUCAGGGCACAGCUCUCUCCCCAGAGGAGGCAGCUCUGGCUGGAUCAGCCGCUGGGAUGGUCACACGAGCCCUCAUCAGCCCGUUUGACGUCCUUAAAAUCAGAUUUCAGCUGCAGAUUGAGCGAGUGUCAUCACAGAGGCCAGAGGGGAAGUACUCAGGGUUAUUUCAGGCAGCUUGCUGCAUUCAUUCAGAGGAGGGACUCUCUGCUUUCUGGAAAGGGCACAUCCCGGCACAGCUCCUCUCCAUCGGCUUCGGGGCCGUCCAGUUUGCCAGUUUUGAGUGUCUGACUGAGGUGGUCCACAAGUCGACACCGUAUGACAGCCAGACGGCAGGAGUUCACUUUAUAUGUGGCGGCUUGGCUGCCUGCUCUGCUACAGUGGUUUGCCAGCCUCUGGACACACUGCGCACACGCUUUGCAGCUCAGGGAGAGCCCAAGGUGUACAGGAACCUGCGACAUGCUGUGUCUACCAUGUGCCGCUCAGAGGGAGGGCUGACUUUUUACCGCGGCCUGUGUCCAACACUCAUGGCGGUUUUUCCUUACGCUGGGUUGCAGUUCUUCUUCUACAAUGUCUUCAAGAAGCUGUUGGCUCCACCGCCCAACGCUGGAAAGUCAGGAGGAGGCCUGAGAAGCCUGGUCUGUGGCAGUGGAGCUGGGAUGAUCAGCAAAACAAUCACGUACCCCUUUGACCUCUUCAAGAAGAGACUGCAGGUGGGGGGGUUUGAGACAGCCAGAGUUCACUUUGGACAGGUGCGCAGUUAUAGAGGCCUGGUGGACUGCAUGGUUCAAAUAGCCAAAGAGGAGGGCGUCCGAGGCUUCUUUAAAGGCCUCUCGCCCAGCCUUGUGAAGGCUGCGCUGUCAACAGGCUUCACUUUUUUUUGGUAUGAAUUUUUCCUCAAUGCCAUGCAUAACCUCAAGGAGCGAGAGAGAGAACAAAAGACCUCACCAAAGACCUAGAAGAAAGAUAAUGAAGAAAAAAAAAGAAACAAUGGCAAAAUCACGCACAUAUGCUUUGUUCUUUACACUUAACAAACGUAUCAACUGGUCGAUAUUUGGUGGUGGCUUUAUUGUGUUUACAUAUAAGGAUUGGAAAACGUAACAUCAUGUUACUUUACUUUUUUGUGCUGUCAUUACACCUGUUGUUGUAUAAGCAUUGAAUUUAUUUUAAAUGUAUUUAAUAUUUUGUCCUGGGAUUUUUAAGGUUUAUGGAUGCUGGCUUUUAAAAGAUACAGUAAAUGUCAUAUUAACAUUUUUUGCUCAUACUGAACUUUGCACAUUUUAAGCUCUGAUUAUUAUUAACAAGUCAACUUUGUUAUUGUUGACUCACAUUUUCUUGACAGUUACCUCUGGGGUUGUGUGUGUUAUUGUGCAAAGACAUGAUGAACAUUUAAUAUUGACUAUAUUCUGUAUUGUGGUGGACAAGAGUAUUCUCUUGAUUAUAGGCCAAAUGCACUGCUAAAUAAGAGUUUGUGCCGAUGUGUCUGUGUCCAACACUGUUACAUAUAGGUAAUUAUUUUUAAAAUAAACGUUUUUAUAAAGACUUA